UGUAACACCAGUCAUUGGACGCGCGCGGGUUAGAUGGUUGAUCGUGCAAUUUAAAGACGCUGAGGGUACUUGGAGCAUUUAAAUUCUUACUCACAGCUUUGAUUGGUGCGACUAGACAGUGACGCAGAGGCAUCACAAUGAUUCGUUUACUGCCACAAGAGAUGAGGUCUUGCUUUCGCUCUGGCAUAGCCAUCCCAAGCAUUGUGCAGUGUGUUGAGGAGUUAGUAUUGAAUGCUGUGGAUGCCCAGGCAACAUGUAUUGCUGUGAGAGUAGACAUUCCUAACUGCCGAAUACAGGUUGUCGACAAUGGGAAAGGUUUAUCAAAAGAGGAUUUUGAACUUAUUGGUCAUCGUUACGCCACCAGCAAAUGCCGUCAACUGUCUGAUCCAGAUGACUUGAGAUACUUUGGAUUUAGAGGGGAGUCUUUAGCAAGCAUCAUUCACAUCUCAAGAAUGCUUGAAAUUGUCAGUAGAGCAAAAAGGUGUGACAUCACUUUGUCAAAACUUUUUCACGACAGCAAGUCAGAGGUCUUUGAGACUCCAGCAAAGAGACCAAGUGUGGGAACAACUGUUACAGUGCAUGGUAUUUUUCACAGAAUGCCUGUCAGAAGAAAGAUAACAUCAGAUAGUCUGGACUAUGGAAGAGUUUGCCAAAGUAUUGAAAGUCUAGCUUUAAUACAUCCACAUGUGUCAUUCUCGCUACGUGAUGAUAGCACAGGAACCAAGUCAAUCCAGACGUACGUCACAUCAUCUGUAAUAAACACAUUUAGAUGUCUUUUUGGUCAGUCUCAAGCAAAAGGUUUGAAGGAGGUAACUUACCAGUGUGGAACAUUUUCUUUGUCUGGCUAUAUGAGUGUUGAAGGUCACCACAACAAAAGUUUGCAAUUUAUAUAUGUAAACAGCCGCCUGGUUGUGAAGACAAGACUCCACAAAGCCAUCAAUUAUCUUCUCAGAAAGUCUUUGAUUACACACUACAGGCCUGUUAUUGCAUCUACUGAAAUGUCACCGACAGAGUUGUCUAAUAGCCCUUGUAGUGCAACAAAUCUGUAUGGUGUCUUUGUGUUGAAUAUCAAGUGCCCUCUCUCUGAGUUCGACAUUUGCCUGGAGCCAUCUAAAUCUUGGGUGGAAUUUAAAGAAUGGAGUGAAAUACUGAAUUGCAUUGAGCAGCUUGUAGACCGCUUUCUCACCAGAGAAAACCUGACAAUGAAAAAAAAUGUGGAGAAAUGUACAACCAGUCUUGGUGACAACUCUAACCUCAUGCUUCGUAAUGAUUACAGUCAUGAUAAAGAUUUAGAAAAUCCCCAAGUAGCUAAAUGGGGUGGUUGCAAUUCGGUGUCCCAGAAAUAUGGGAAAGGCAUAAGUGCAUCUUCUCGCAACAACACUUUACAGUCCUUGACUGUCAGAAGGCCUCCAUGCAAAUUUGCUUGUGAAUCAGCCAGUAACGUUUUUCCAAAAAAGACCAGCUCAAAUUGUGUCUGUCACAAAGAUUUGGAGACUUUGGUUUCGGAGGCAAAAGAAAACUCAAAAGUGCAAGUUGUGCUUGACCAGAUUUCCAGUGAAGAAGAUGUAGCCAAGGACAAACCUGCCUCAGAAGAAAAGGAAAUAUUUUCAUUUGAUAGUUGUGAUGCUGAACAUCCGUCGAAAAAAAAGCCAGGAGAAUGUGAAAAAAAAAAAAACCUUGCUGUACGACAACCCUUUUUGACAUCUGCUUCAAUUGACACGUGCAUGAUGUACUUCGCAAGGACAGAUCAUUUGCUUAAUGAAUGUAAAACGGAAGCCAAACAGCAAAUGUCCAUUGGUGACAGUGAUUGUAAUGCAGUGUCAACAGAAGUUAAUGUAAAGCCAGAACUGAAAGUGGAAAUGCAGUCUGAAGAAUCAAAGGAUGUGCUUGGCAUGUCUUGCUUAUCAGAAUACAAAGAAAAUUCUCAGAAGUUGUCAAGGGGUCCAAGAGCACUCUGCAUUCAGUGUGAAGGAUGUGACAUUUGUGAUCAAGUCAGCCCACCUGGCACAGGAGAAGUAUCACAGACAUGUGAUUUGAAGAAUAAAAGAAGUUGUAAGGUUGAAUGCACAAAGUUGCUGUUUGACAAAACCAGUAGCGUUCAACAAGAAGGAAGCAAAAGGGCAGAACAAAUUGAUUUCCUGGAGAAUUGCUUGUUAGAUGUCCAAGUGAACAAUGGAGACACAUCAAGCACAUCCCAAGAGCAAAAUAAAAGUGAGGUAUAUGACUGUUUGCUCAGUACAUCAAGAACAAGGACACCACACAAGUUGGAAAAUGUUAAUAAAAGACUUACCUGGAACCACAAAACAAGUCUGGAUUCAAGUUCAAGUUCUGAUGUCUUAGGGUGUGACUCAGAGUGUGAUAAUAUGGUGUCAAAUUCAAAUCUUCUCAUCAAGAAGGAUAAAAUACAUGAUUACCUGCCUUUGUUAGAAUCACCAAGUUUGGAAUCAAAAGACAAUGUAAGAAAAGAAUCCCAGAUAAAUGAAAAGGAUGUACAUGUACAUCAAGAAAUUACCGACGUCAAGCCAACGCAACAUGUUAUUUAUCUCAAAUCAGUCACAGCAGAUGGAAAACACAAUAUUGCAAAUGGCACUUCAUCUUCACCUUGCCAAUCUGUAAAUGUACACGCAAGCUCUUUGCAGAUGUUUAAGAAGUCUAUCCAAGGAAAUUGUCCACCUGAUUUGACUCUCAGAAAAGAUAACAAUGGCGCCAGUACCAGUGAGUUCACUUCAAAAUGGACAGAGGUGCAAAUUCAGUCUGGUAAUACUACCAGUGUACCUCGGCUGUUGAAGAGGAGAUUUACUCAUGGAUUUAUAAUGCAUGAAAAUGAUGCAGCUAAGAAAUCCCUAACAAAUCAGCAGAUAUUGAUGCAAGUUCCUGUACACAGAGUCAGUGGUAUAGAUCCUGCAGACUGUGGGAAUGCUUUGGUAAAAAAUUCGAACAUGGAGAAUGUGGAAAAUGAGAAGACACCACAUUUCUAUACUUCUGCCAAAAAGCCAAGAAUUGAUAAUGAAAAUGCGAGAUGGUUCCCAGACAAUUUUGAAAGCCUUCAGGCAGCUGAAACUAUAGAAGCUUUUUAUGCACCACAAAACCAUGGAGUUAAUGCACAGGACCAGGCAUAUGUGGAGGCUAGUGAGUUAAAACUUGAGGAAAAAGAAUGGAAAGAUACAGAACAUGAUGGUACCCUACAAAGACCAAAUUUGAAAAGACUAAAGCAAAGUCCAGUCACACUAGUGUCAAUUGCAAGCGAUGUAGAAAUACAAAACGGUGUAGUAAUUAACAGGGACCAGGAGAGCAAGAUACUUGAAAAAACAGUCCAUGAACCCCUGAUGCAAAGCUUUGCGACCUCGGAUGAUUUUAUUCAACCAUUGGAAAGGCUUUUACAACCAAUUGCCUUCACCAAGAAUUCAGUAUUAGAAAAAGAUGUACCUGCUGCUUGUGUAAAAGAUCCUACAUCUUUGUCUGCCGGCACACAUAAAGAUAAGCAAUUGGGCAAACCGGCUGACACAAACACAGUUGACUCAAGUUGGUUAACAUCUGUAGCGAAUUCACACAUCGGUAUGGACUUCCUGUCCCUAUCAGCAGAGAUUGAUGAUGGAUUAGAUGCACUUCCUAUGGAGACUCAAGAGAAAGAAUUUAUCAGUGAUGCAGAAAUACUCUUUAAACGUGCUGGAACCCCUUGUUGCAGCAAUCAUGUUGAAGAAAAAACUUUAAGAGCAACACAGCUAUCUCCUUCUUGUGCACAGACACAUUCAGUAGCAGCAUUAGAAACAAUCUUCAGCAGGAGCUGUUGUCAAGAAAUUCCCCGUAAUCAUCAGGAUACAAGCAGUGGAAACUUGCCAGCACCUGUUGUGCAUCUUCUUGGUCCAGACAUACGCAAGUUAAAGGAAAAGAAAUUGCUUGAUCUGACUCAAUCCGAUUCAACAUGUGUAAUCCCUCAUAAUGAGGCUAUUGUUUGCCUUGAUGAUGCAUCCCAUGAAUUGACUAAACAGGGACUGCCCGAAGGUCCAAUCUGUGGAGAUAAUGAAAGUGGGCAUGCUACAGAAUUUGAAAAUGCUCCAUUUGAGUACUUAACAUCAAACAGUGAUACCAAUUUUUCAGCCUCUGUGCUUGAUAAAACUCUAGUGAAACAAUGCCACAUGGAAGAAGGUCCCACUCAGUAUGUCUGUGAAAGUGUACUGGUCACAAAUAAUCAUGACGGAAACCCUGUAAAUGCUAAAGAAUACAGUAAAAGAAGAAAUGACACUCAAUCUGAGGAAAUUCAACGUGAAAGUGUGACAACACUAUCUACAAAUGCAUGCUGUUUUGAUCACAGUCUAAAAAGUGUGUCUUCAUUGGAUGGAAAUACAACAAUUUGCCCAUCAGCACAUGUUUACACAUUUUGUAAAAAACGAACGAGUAAAUGCAGUGCAAAUAUGAGGAAACAAGUGGAAGUUGAUCUAAGAACAGGUAACUGCCAUUUGGAAAGAUCUCAUGGAGAUAACUUGCGAUCCUUGGAAGAUGCAAUAUCACAGGAGGAGACAGUUGAUAUUGGAUAUCACCAGUGUCCAGUAAUUAGACCCAUCGAGAGAUAUGGCAAAAUGGAUCAAGUUUUAGAUAAUUGGACAAACCCAAUGUUUUCAUCACUUGAAACGGAUAUUACGGAUGCCCAGUCUGCGCACUUGCCUCAGAAUUGUGUCAGAAUGUGGGACACCUUUCACCCGUACAAGUUCCCCAAAACAGUGUUUCAGGGAGUGAAGGUGCUCGGUCAAGUGGAUAAUAAAUUUAUUGCUUGCAUGGGUUACAUAGACGAAAACAAAGCAGCUGAACCCAACCUGUUAUUAAUGAUUGAUCAACAUGCUGCACAUGAAAGAGUUCGACUAGAGCAACUGGUAUCAGAUAUAUUUGAAGCUCCUGUUGUUGAUGCUGAGGAUUGCCAAGAUGGUAUUGCAAAGCAGUCACAGUUGAAAUCGUCAGCUGUCAUCCCUCCAGUCGUGCUCAUCUUAGCUCACAAGGAGCUUCAGUUGCUUCAAUCUUCCACCAGCAAGUUAAAGAGACUUGGUAUCUCUUAUCGUAUUGUUGAUGGUGAUGGAGCUAAUGAGACAGAAGGUUCUGUUGAGAUUACAAGGUUACCGUCGUGUCUAGUAGAGAGGGAGGCAGAAGAACUCAGCAGGAGUAGACAACCUGUAGCAACAUCAGUAAUCCAGGCAUUAUUGGAAGAAUAUCUGCAGGAACUGCAGAGGACAGCAGGAGCAAGCGCAGUGCUUCCAAAGACAAUUACAAACAUUCUUAAGUCGCAAGCCUGCCAUGGUGCAAUAAAGUUUGGUGAACCAUUGAAUCACUGCGAAUGUUCGUCUCUGAUCAGCCAGCUCUCACAGUGUGACUUGCCAUUUCAGUGUGCCCAUGGCAGACCAUCUGUUAUACCCCUCUUGGACUUCAGACUUUUAUCUUCCUCACAUCAUGAUAAGGUUCAUGAAUGCAAGCCUCGAUUAUGGCAUCUACAUAAAGUGGAAUGAGAAGGUGGAGAAAGACCCAUCAAUUCAUCACUGAUUAUCAAACUAUGGUAUGAUGUAUCCACCUUUCAUUUGAUCCAGGCUGCUGUCAGGAAAAUCUGAUUUGGGGGACUUAACCAAACCGUAUUAAGAUGCAUGAAUUUUGCCAUGUCACUGAAUGACAUUCGUUACUUAUCUUGAAUUCUAACAGGAAAUUCUGUAUUUUGUGCUGCAUCAAAGUUAGGUUAUUUGCAGGUCGUUUAUUUCAUGUUUGAUAGAACUCUUGCCAAUAGGUACCAGUAAGGAAACUUACAGGAAGGAAGCUCUACUCCAAGAUAUUUGUUGAUACAUGUACAUACCAAAUUGUGACAUUAAUUAAAUGUAUUUUUGAAUAUUAGCAGGUUAAAUUUCUUGUAUUCUAAUCAGGAAUGGUGCAGUGUGUUUUUAAGCAGUUUAUUUUAGGGAGUCUUGUGCUAUUUCUUCCCUUGAAGAUAUUAUACUGAAUAAUUGAAUGCUUUGAAACGAAGUAAAAGAGUCUUAGCAAAUAUCAGUAACAUUCAUUUUGCUUAAAGAGACAUAUAUCUAGGAAUGGUCGAUUAUACACAAGCAUCAGAAAGAUGUAACUUUACUGAAGUACCAAUGUUGACUUAUUUUCUGUCACAGAAAACUGAAAUGUUUUAAUGUCCCCUGAGCUGGACCAAGAAAGGGCCCAAUAUUCCUAGCAACAGAGGCUCCUUUGGUACUUGUAUGGUAGUAAGUGCACAUCACUGGUUCACAAAUGACUAUGAAACAUAACCAAUUGCAUCGCAACCAACAAAAGGAACACUCCCGACCAAUAUGGCUCUUUUCAACUGAUGAGGGGGUGCUUCUGCUUAGGGCAGAUAUUGAGAGCUGUGGGAAAUUUUCAACAAGGGGUCGUCCAUAAUGCCGACUUUUCAGACCCCCCUCCCCCUACUGUAUGCAUGGCAUCCACAGUGACCUAACCCCCUCCCCUGUACACAUACGCAUUCCAGAAGACUUUGCUGGUCUUUUUGUCAUGAGUAAUGUUGUAGUUUACUAAUAAUGGGCAUGGCAUUUGCAGGUAGGAUAAAUAAUGGGGUGGUGGACAGUGGAGGAUACCGCUUGAGUGUUUUUUGACAUACAAAAGUAGAUCAUGACAUGUAUUUGUUUGAGAAGGUAUUGAGAUGAUGAAAAGUCAUUAAAGGCAAAAUUUUUGGUUUGCGUAAGGUAUGCACUAGCUUGAGCCCCUCCCCUUCUGUACGCACAGUGUACGUAGGCCUAAUGGCACCCCCCCCUCGUGCAAACAUACUUAUGGACAGCCCCUGAGAAAUAUCCUUCCAAUCUUUUAUUGAAGCCCGAUAGUUCAAAUAGGUAAGGUUUUCACUUAAAUCAAAUAUUACAAUUUGAUAGAUGAAUUUUUCCCAGAAGAACCUGUAGCUCUGGUUGUAAGCCCUUGCUACUCACUGUAACUUAAAGUGCAAUUGCAAUUUUAUUUUUAAACUUUUCCACCUUGUUAUAGUUCACUGAAUUCGAUGACAAAGCUCUUACUGGAGACUUCAGAACAGUUAUACCCCAAACAAGAACAAAACUAUCUGGAGCAGAGAUAACCUAGAAUUAAUACUUUUGAGUUUUUGUGAUGAUAUUUCAUCCAGACCCAGAAUUUGUUAGGGAACUGGUGCAAUUUGCAAAUUACCAUCAUACCAUGCCUUACACAUAGUCAUGAUUGCAGGCUGGAUUCUCACUGUCUUAUUCACUAUCAUGUGUCAGUUACUAUUUUUUGCUGUUUGCAAGGUGCACUCGGCAAACAGGUAAAAAGACUCAUCUGGGUGAUUUACAAAGCAACUGUGGAACUGUCACACAGUGGUUAGUGUGCAUGUCAUUGUAGCUACACGCAAGAAGAUGGUAUCAAAUGUUAAUAAGUAUUACCUUGUACUUGAUGAUGUCAUGUGUACAUUGCAGGGUAUGGGAAAACAAAUGUAACAUUUAUUUGAAAUGGUUAAAAAGUUAAUAUUAAAUCCCUUGUUAUUAGAUGUCGACAAAUUUGUUCUUGAGAAGAACGGCUUAGCUUGGGGAGCCAAUUUAUUUAUCAACUUCCGUGCUACCAUGGGGAGCUAUUAUACAUCAUGGACUGGCAAUGAGGUCACUAGUGCACGUCUAUGUCCCGGAGGGACUGUGACUGACCAGAAGAGGUAGGACUCUCUUUUGGUCACUCACAGGCCCGAGGGGAAUGGCCGUGCAUUAGUGACCAAAUUUUGCCAGUCCAUAUGUGACACCUCAAACUAGAAAAAUAUCCUUUCGGGGUUUUAACUGUUUUAAUUAAAUUUUCAAUAGCACUUCAAAAACAAAAAAAACAUUGAGGGUUCAUUUUAGUGUCCCUUGACACAGUGUAAUUUUGGGGAUAGACGUGCACUAGUGACCUCAUUGCUAGUCCAUAUGUGUAUACUAUUCACAGUUUAAAAAGAUGGUCAUAAUAUGGCAAGGUGGGUUUUACAUUGUCUCCAGCUACAACCACAAGUCUGGUAUCGUUGGAAAGAACUACUCAGAAGUUAAUUUGUGCAUAAAUUACACAUAUCUUACGGUAUUGCAGUGGAGUUAUGAUUGUUUGAAAUAUACUGGUAAAUAAAGUAAUUUUUCCACUCUUGUAUUUGUACCUAAAGUAGUUUUUCCACUCUCCUGAAGGCCUCCUUAUAUUGAUCUCUCUGAUGGAGAGUUUAGGAAGAAUUUAUACAAAGUACUUAGUACAUGUGUCUGUUGCUUAAGUUUCAUUCACAUUUACUUCAGUUAUAUAGAGUAAAACUGACAUACCUUUCUCAAAGGUUUCAGAGCUUACUAUCUCUAAAGAGGUGGUGUAAACGAUGACAGUCAUGCAAGAAUAAACUUUUGCAGCCUACAAAA